ACCGUGCUGUGAAGAGCUAGAUUGCAGUGCACACUUCUUACUGAUAUCUACAUACAUACACAUAUAGCUAUCUAUCAGUGAUGCAGUUAUCCACCAGAGAGCCCAAAUUUAUAAGAGCAUGGAGAAAUUUUACUAUUUGCUUGCUUUUCGAUUGUCCAUGAUUGUAGGAGAGGUCGGUUGGACGAUAUUGCUGAUUUCAACAAUUCAUUGUUCCUAACGAAAGUAAAAGUGCUUUUUGCUCAUAUUCCCACUGACUUCGCGCCCAAUGGACCACGGAGAGAAAUGGUGAAAGCUUGUUUCACUCAAUCACCAAGUGAUGGCAAUGCGAGAUGCGCUCCUAUAAAUGUCCAACAUCAACGACGCACAACUUUUAGUUGUCGCACGCGUCUGCAAGUGAUCGGUUGCACAAAAAAAGUUUACUUGCAGUACUCAAAUUACUGGUGACCGGAAGUGAAUCGUGUAAAAUAGUUACGUACAUUGUUACGUUGUGGUCUUUUCCUUUUUUAGUUUCGUGAAAAGUGGUGCUGUAAACAGGUUUCAAAUAUUUGUUGCUUCGAUGGUGAUGACCUCGUAAAGAAAAUGCUAUCGCAAAAAAGCUUUCCAAAUGGUAACACAAUCAAGGUCGCGCAUGUGAAUGUUGCCAAUGAUGCUUGCAAACGUGUUACCAAUUAUAUUAAUAAUAAUGAAGUGAAUGACGCUUUGGUAACUACGAACUGUCGGCAUGGAACGCUAAACAAUAAGUUCACUACAAAUUUGCGGCGUUUAAUGUUGGUGGCAUUUGUUUUGCUAACAAGUAUCGAUGCCAAACAAUUUGUAAAUGCAUCGAAUUUGUUUAAACGUAGCGCCAAUCCAAAUAUCGAGUGCUUGAAAAAUGAUCGCUUCUAUCGCGACCCGAAUCGGCCAGUGCAUAAAAUUUGGACUAACAGUGAAUGUUCUAAGUAUUUCCUUUGCCUGGAUGGAGACGUUUUUGAGUUUAAAUGCUCGGAGGGCUUAUUAUUCGACGUUGUCAGACAAAUUUGUGAUUUUAAGCAGAAUGUGGAUAAUUGCGACAUAACAGCGGAAACCCAAAUUCCAAAACCAUUACUCGAGAAAGCCGAAUGUAAAGACAAAACACACUUGGGUUGCGGUGAUGGCACAUGUCUUCCAAAUGACUAUUUUUGCGAUGGUUCCGUGGAUUGUCCCGACGAGUCAGAUGAGGGUUGGUGUGACAUGAACAACGAUCCAAAUGCCGCUGAUUCCUGUGACACACGCAACUGUCAACUGCCAGAUUGUUUCUGCUCGAAAGAUGGCACGCAAAUACCCGGCCGUUUAAGUCCCGGUACGGUGCCACAAAUGAUUUUGCUGACAUUUGAUGAUGCUGUUAACUUUGAAAAUUUUGAUCUUUUUACAAACGUGUUAUUUAAAGCGAAUAGAAGAAAUCCCAAUGGCUGCCCAAUUCGAGGUACAUUUUUUGUUUCACAUCAGUAUACCAACUACCAAUUUGUACAAAAGCUAUGGAACGAUGGUCACGAAAUUGCCGUGCACUCAGUAACCCAUCGUGGGCCCGAGAUGUGGUGGUCAAAAAAUGCCACUAUUGAAGAUUGGUUCGACGAAAUGGUUGGCCAAGCCAACAUUCUUAAUCGUUUUGCUAACAUACGCAUGGAAGAUAUACGUGGCAUGCGAGUUCCAUUUUUGCGCGUCGGUUGGAAUCGUCAGUUCUUGAUGAUGAACGAGUUUGGUUUUGUGUAUGAUGCAUCGAUGGUAGCACCGUUUAGCAAUCCACCACUAUGGCCUUAUACCCUGGAUUAUAAGAUGCCUCAUUCUUGUACAGGCAUAAACCAGAAUUGCCCCUCCCGCAGCUAUCCCGGUAUUUGGGAGAUGGUGAUGAAUCAGAUGGAAGUGGGCGAUUUCACUUGUGGUAUGGUCGAUAGCUGUCCAUCACAGUUAAGUGGAGAUGAUGUUUAUCGCAUGCUGACGCACAACUUUAAAAGACAUUUCUUGUCGAACCGUGCACCAUUUGGAUUGUAUUUUCAUGCAACGUGGUUUAAGAAUAACGAUUACCUGCAGGCCUUUACGCGGUUUGUGGAUGACUUGCAAAAGCUACCAGAUGUAUAUUUCGUUACAAAUCAACAAGCUAUUCAGUGGAUGAGACAACCAGUGCUGAGUACUCAGCUACAUACGUUUGAGCCUUGGGGAUGCAAGCCUCGCCAAUUGGAUGCCCGCGAAAUAGUAUGCAAUAUACCGAAUACAUGCAAGGUGCGAAGUCGAGUGUUACAGCAGGAUCGAUAUUUAUACACUUGCAACGAGUGUCCAACGCAGUAUCCCUGGAUACGCAAUGAAUUUGGUUUGGACUAAUAACCGCCCUUUAUACCUGGCAUUGCCAUUCACUUGUUAAAUGCAAUAAUAGAUAUUAAGCAAAAAUUUAAAUUAUUUUCUACAUAAUGUUUCGUAAUUUAGUAUGUACUUACAUCUUAUUUAUUUUUAUCAGCAUAAACAUUUUCAUUUUUCCAUUUUA